GUCCCACCCUGCCUCUGUGUUUUCAAGGACGCUUGAGAAGCAAAGUAACGAAGAUGAGGGCACUUGCCGUGUCUCUCGUCUUGCUGGCCUCUCUGGGGGUCCUCCACUGUGCCCGAGAGGGCUCCACCAUGGGCAUCUCAGAGGAGACCCUGAAGCAGCUCUCCUUGGAGGGAGAGAGGUAUGUGGACGAGGCGGUGAGGAAGGCCUUAUAUGGGGUCAAGCAGAUGAAGGACAUCAUGGCCAAGAAUGAGGAGAAGCACGAAAACCUCAUGAAGUCCCUCAAGCACACCAACGACAAGAAGAAGGGGGCAGAAGAGCUUGUUGAUGAGGUGGAGCACAAGCUGGGCGAGAUGGAGAAGCAGUGCAGGGACUCUGUGCAGACCUUCUGGGAAGAAUGCCGGCCCUGCCUGGAGGAUGCCUGCAAAGCCUUCUACACCUCCACCUGUCGCCGCAGCUUCUCUGCCUUUGCCAACAGGGUGGGGAACUUCUUCCGCAGAGUGACCACUCGUUACAACCCCCGCGCCUCUGAGCAGCAGCAGCAGCUGGGUCAGAACCAGACGUCCGAGGGCUCGGAGCUGGACGUGGUGCGCAUCGAGGACUCCUUCAGCUCGCUGCUGUCCAAGGUGGGCACGCUGGUGGGCCGCUGCGUCGUGCUGACCACGCGCAUGCACCAGAAGCUGGACGGCACCCUCCGCAAGACCUUCGACCCCGAGCUCCAGGGCAGGGAGGAGGAGGAGAUCGCCCUCCCGUCCCCCGACGACGACCUGGACUCGGGCUUCCUGAAGGGCGUGGGCCUGGAGGAGGUGAUGGAGUCCUUCUUCGACUUCGGCCGCAGCGUGGUGGAGGAGUUCGGCGCCGUGCUCACGCAGGUGUUUGAUGACAUCAGCGAUGCGGUGGAGGAGGAGAGGAAGAGAGAGAAGGAGAUGUUCCCGCGCUUCCUCCAGAACAGGAAGCUGUGCAGAGCUCUGCGGAGGCAGUCCUCUGAGUGCUGGCAGCUGCAGCACAAGUGUGAGUCCUGCCAGGGCUCCGUGCUGUCAGAAUGCCCUAAUGUCAGGGAGCUGCACAUUGAGCUGGGCGAGGCGUCGGAGCUGCUGGAGGUGUCCAAGCAGCAGUACGAGGAGGUGCUGAACAUCGUGCAGCGCCACACGGACGACACCGUCAGCUGGCUCAGCAACAUGGCCACCGAGUUCGACUGGGUGGCAGAGCUGGCCAACAACAACAGCGCCCCAGAGAACAUCUUCACCAUCUCCACGGUGGAGGCACUCAAUGGAGAGGGUGACAACGCAUCAGCGGGCAAAACUAAGGUGGAGGUGACCAUUCUGAACUCCCCAAAGCUCACACUGACGGUGCCCGGCGAUCUGGAGCUGCAGAACCCCGCCUUCGUCCAGUACGUGGCCGAGGAGGCCCUGGGCCUUUACAAGCAGAGGGCUAGGCAUGAGGACAACUGAGGAGGUCGAGAAGGUGGGCGGAGGAUUUCUGCAGUGCCCUUUCCUUGGGUGAACUGAACUGGAAGGAAUGUAGGAAUACAUUUUAGAGAAUGUAAACCGCAUUUUCCUAGACUUUUACGUGUUAAUGGAAAUAAGGUAUUUUCCAUAUUCAGUGUCCCUUAUUUGUUGAUCAUUUGUUUUGAGGUCAUGGAAAGACUGAAUGAAUUCAUUUUAGAGAAUAUAAAC